CUCGGGCUAUAACGCGCGACGUCUCACCCUGCGCCGCGCUUUUCCUUCUUGCUUUCCUGAAACUUCGCUUCUUUUUUGAAACUUCACUUCACUCCCCUACAUACAUGCGCUGCUGCACGCAUCCUUGUAUAACACAUAUAUACAUUCCUAGUUUCUAAUGUUUCUACACCAACCCCGCCAGGCCCAGGCUUUUGGGUUCAGCUGCCCCAGUGGAGGAACCUGGUACGCAUGCGGGAACAACAGCAGAUUCGUCGGCUGUUGCCGGGAGCCAGCUUGCAGCGCGACAGGAUGCUCGUUCGGGAAUCUGGAGCCCGCGAGUUUCGACGCCAGCAAAUAUGGGGAGUUCGCCGACGCCGAAUGCAGCGAUGGGCUGUUUUAUACUUGCACAAACUCGAACCCUCCUUUCAUCGGUUGCUGUAAAAGCAAUCCUUGCCAGCCGGAUGGCUGCCCGAAAGCAGACCUCGCUAGAGCAAAGCUGUCCGAUGACCCCGUCGUAGCAAGCCAGUAUGGCGCAACUCUUUCUUCGACGCCGACGGCAUCCGCAACUUCGUCCGCAAAAGCUACGUCUACUGGAAGCUCUGGAAGCAGUGUGCCAAUCGGCGCGAUAGUCGGAGGCGUAGUAGGCGGAAUAGCUCUUCUUGCCUUCUUAGCAGGCCUAUUCAUCUACAUACGGCGACUUAAGAAAAAAGCCUCUGCGCACGAAAUCCCCACAACGCAACGGGACAAAUCGCCGCCACCGCAAGGAAUAAAAGCAGAGCUUUCUUCGGGGCCUUCAGUUCGAAUAAAGCACGGACAUCCACCACCGCGGUAUUCAGCGCUCAGCGACCGCCCCAUGGAGCUCGAAGACCAGUCGAUAAAAGCGCGGGCGCCAUCCGAGCUCGCCGGAGACGAAAUGCUGCCGCCCGUGGAACUGGAAGGCAGCAUCCCGUCAACUUCGCCCAAAAGCCCGCGACGACACUCGGGCGAAAGCAAGCUCCAGGGCAGAAAAAAGCACGCGUUAGGUCUAGGAAUCAUGCACUCGCGAGCCUCAUCCAAAUCGUCGCCGCUCUCUUCUACUUUCCAGUCCGAGAACGGCGACGAGAUCACCGUGUCCGAGGGCACUGUUUCCGCACCUUCUACACCGCGGACGCCGCGCUCCCCUUACCCAGAAAAAGGAACGGCAGUCCAGGCAGCCAAGCCGUCGCCGUCGCAUCCGCCGCCGAUAUCAGAAGAAGGGAAUGGAGAAAGCGAGUAGCGCUGAUGUCAUUAAAUUCUUUCGUUAUAAAUAUCCAGCCAGAUCAGGGAAAAGACCGGGAUGUAUACGGCCGUUGCUUAUUUCUUCCAAAAACGGCAGGUUCUCAGAGCACGAAAAGAGCGCCAGCUAUCGAGACGACAAGAGCAAGGAAACCGCCGAAACUCUCGUUGGCAGAAUGGUCGGCCAGGCCGCUA